AUGGCUGCACACCGUACACAGUCUGUAAGGGGAGAACAGCAGCAGCAGCAACAGCACCAACAACACCAACAGCAUCAGCAGCAGCAGCAGCAGCAGCAACUGGAGCACAGCAGCAGCAGCAGCAGCAGCAGAAGCAGCAGCAGAAGCCAAGUUAUUGACAGAGGCGGGAGCCGCAGCAGAAGCAGCCGCAGAUGCUGCAGCAGCAGCAGCAGCAAACUUCUUACCCUGACACGCAGCCAGCAGCACGAGGUGUUGCAGAUGCGGGAGCCACUGUUAGAGACGCAUAACUGCAGCAGCAGCAGCAGCAACAACAACAACAGGUGCAGCAGCAGCAGAAUCUGCAGCACGCGACGCAAGCAGCAGCAGCAGCAGCAGCAGCAGCAGCAGCAACAGAGACAGCAGAGCAUAGCGCUGCAUGCAGAUCAGCAGCAAAGAGAGACAGGGAGUGAGAUAAAAGAAGAAGCAGCAACAAACAUAAAAUUUUGCGGACGCAUUAUCGACCUGCAGCAGAUGCAGCAGGCUGUUGCUGCUGCCAUAGAAAACCGGGUGCAGCAGCAGCAGGAGCAGCAGCCAGAGUUGCAGCGGGAGCACUUGCUGCAGCAGCAGCUGCUGCUGCAGGAGUGGGCACGUGUUGCUGCUGUGAGAGAGCUACUGGAGGAGACUGGGGUUGAUCUGCGUGGUGCUGCUGAUGUGCUGCUGCCUCUGCCCCCCUUAUACGACAAGCGUGCAGCUUCUUUCUUCUUUCUGCUGCAGCUUCCUGCUGGUGUUUUAUCACCUGAAGCUGCUGCUGCAGGAGACUCUGCUGCUCUGCGGGGCCCCCACUACGUUACGCAGGGGCCCCUUGGGCCGCCAGCUCAAACACCGGUGCUGCUGCGGAUAGAUAAGAGAGAGCAUGCAGGUUUUAUGCUGCAGCCUGAUAUUGAAAAAGCUGCAGAAGACGUGCAGUUCCACUCGGGGGGCAGAGCCAGCAAAGCCAUCUUGCAGCUAAUAAGCAUGACAAAGCCUUCCUCCGCGAUUAGGUGGUUUGCUGCUGCUGCAGCAGCUGAAUACCAGCAGCAACUUGGCGGCCCCGCAGCAGCAGCAGCAGCUGCUGCUGCUGCUUCGUGUACUAUUCCACAGCAGCGACAGCUGCAGCUGCAGCAGCAGCAGCAGCAUCAGGGGUUUAACUUAGACGUGCUGCAGCAGAAAUGGCACGAUGCUGCGUGCGUACUCUCAGCUGCUGCUGCUGCUGCUGCUGCUACUGCUGCUCCUGCUGCUGCUGCUGACAAGGAAUGUGUUGCAGGUAUUCUUCGUCUUCUUUCCGAUUCUGCAUGCAGCAGGCGGGACUCAGUGCAGCAGCAGCAGCAAGAGCUGCUGCUCCAGCAGCAGCAGCACCAGCAGCAGAUCCCGUACCAUCCCGGCACACAGCAGCAGCUGCAGCAGCAGCAGCAGCAGCAGCAGCUGCAACAGCUGCAGCAGCAGCAGCAGGGGCUGAAAGCAGGGGGUCCUUUUGCUGCUCCUCCUGCUGCAUUGAAUCCACAGCAAAUAUACCCUCCGCCCCGUUUCCAGCAGCAGCAGCAGCAGCAACAGCAUAUAGAAAAAACAGCAGCAGCAACAACAGCAGCAGGAGGUAGGCGUCAGCCUUUAUGGUUUGGGGGAGGCUUCAGCAGGCGCAUGCUGCGAGAAAAAGUUAUACACCCUGUGCUAAGACCAGACCUUCACGUUGGCUUACAUAAGGCGCCUCGAGGCAUUUUGUUGUUCGGCUUACCGGGUACAGGGAAGACAACAUUAGCCAAGUGGAUUGCGGCAGAGAGCGGCGCCAGCUUCUUUGAGGUAACUCCGUCUUCAAUCAUCAGCAAAUUUCAUGGAGAGACCGAAAAACUUAUCAAGGCCCUCUUUAAAGGCAACCCUGCAAUACUUUUCAUUGACGAAAUUGACUCUCUGCUGGGCAAACGGCGCGACAAGGAGGAUGACGCAUCCAUUCGAAUGAAAAACCAACUCCUGCAGAUGAUGGAUGGGCUCGGCAGCAGCAACAGCAGCACCCUCAUCGUAAUCGGAGCAACGAACAGGCCAGAUAUGCUUGAUGAUGCAGCAGUGCGCCGGCUGUCUCGGCGGGUGUUGGUACCUCUGCCUGAUGAAGAGACGAGGGCUGCUAUGAUCAAGCAAGCACCUAUUAGAUGCGGAGACACCAGGAGGCUGCGCCUUGUCUGA